AUGAGCAACAACAACAAGAUAAUGAGAUUCUCAAUUGUUGCUGCCACUGUGGUGCUGCUGUUGGCUACCAUCGCGAUGGCCCAGCAAACCACAUUUACGCCACGAGUUUUUAAGUUGGCCAACGCACCAGCAAGCACCGGCUACGAGACCGCUGUCCUCGUUGACAAGAAGGGCUUCGUACUGAGCGCUGAGCGUUUGGUCGACAUCUACCCAGAGUCCAUCGCUGAGAACGUCACCAGCGAGGCACUCAUCACCCCAACACCCUUCCAGAACCGUUUCGCGAGAGACACCAUCCCAUUCUGGUCGUCAGCCGCCGUUGGCAGCACCGUCUACUCCAUCACCUCCACCUCCAUCCUCGGCGCCAACCUCACCGAGCCACAGAGCUUUGGCUCCCAGUCCACCUCUGGCGCGAUCUCCUCCGCCGGAGUCUUCACCUACAACAGUGGCACUGACACCAAGGUCUUCAUCGUCGACUCUUCCGGCCAAAAGGUUCACUACUUUGUUGACAGACCCAACAACGUCGAGGAUGGUAACGUCACUGUUGCCGUCUCCUCUGUUCCAAUCACUGGUCUCAGCUUGAACCAAUGGGGAUUUGCUGCAGACACUGAUAAUGGACUUCUCUUCAUUGGAGAUGAUGUUGGAUCAGUCGUUACAUUCAACUUGAAGACAAUGACACCAUUCGGCGCAUCCACUGUCUACAGAAACACCAACGUCACCAACCGUUUUGUCGCCACCGUGGACCCAAUCAGAAAGCUCGUGUUCUUUGCCGCCAACGACAACGACCAACUCAGCAUGGACGUGCUCCAGUACCAGGUGCCCUUCACCGGUCUCUCGGCCAACUACACCAAGACUCUCACCCGUAUGUCCUCGUGUAACGCCGCCGUCUACGACAAGAUCCAAGGUCAGGUGUUCUUCAUCGGUGCCGACGACAGUGGUCUCGCCGUCAUUGGUGAGGGUUUCCGUGAUGGUCUCCGCUCCAACUUCAUCUCCUUCUUCACCGACCAGCCCGCUUCUGUCGAGUCGACCGCCAUCGGUGUCUCGAUCAACCUCGCCAAGCACCAGUUGACCAUCUUCACCUCGAAGCAGUACGUCGAGCUCCACUACGAGUCCAACUGUGAGGCCAACUGCAACGGUAACGGUGACUGUUUGAUGGGCGUGUGCAGCUGCAACUCCGAGUACAUCGGCGCCACCUGUGACAACAAGCUCUGCCUUGGCGACCUCAACAACUGCACCAGCGGCCUCCACGGCACCUGCAAGAACGGAAUUUGUGAGUGUGACCCAGUCUACCAGACCGUCGCCAACUGCUCCGUGCUCGGCUGCUACAUGAACUGCAGCAACCGCGGUGAGUGCAACUUUGACUCUGUCUCCUCCAACUACACCUGCAAGUGCCCAGCCGACUUUGUCGGUGCCUACUGCCAGGAGUCCGCCCCCGCCCCUCAGUGCAACACCAUUGGCUCGCGUUCAGACUGCAUUAGCCGCACCUACUGUGGUUGGUGCGCAUCCUCCAAGACCUGCCAGGCCGGUAACCAGUACGGUCCAGCCGUUGGCUUCUGCCGCGAGUGGUUCUUUGCCGAGGACUACGAAGUCGGUGUCAUUGUGCUCGCAUGCAUCUUCAUUGCCCUCAUCUCCAUCCUCUUCCUUAUCGACAUGAUCACCACCAUCCCAUUGGACCUCCAGCGCGCAAAGAACUACGAGGUUGAGUUCCGCACCGGUACCUACCCCAAGCCAUCGCACGAGGAGGCCUCCGUCCUCUGGUGGCGCGACCAGCGUUCAGCCAAGGCCUGGACGCUCAUGGAUCAGUUCCAAUUCCUCUCGCUCGUCUCGCACAUGGGCGUCGUAUUCCCAUCGCGUUUCCUCAGCUUCACCAUGUUCCUCGACUGGACCAACCUGGGCAUCCCAUUCCCACAGUCGAUCCGCGACCAGAUGCCACCAAUGAACUUCGAGUGGCGCGACACCUACGACCAGAUCGCCAACACCGGUCGUAACCUCGCUACCUACGCACAGUACAACAACAUCCUCGAGUCCAGCUCAACCUACCACUUGGCCAACAUCCUGUUCUGGUUCAUCAUCUUGGCUGCCGCCUUCAUCGUGCCCCUGCUCAUCGCCUUCAUCAUCCUCUCGUUCGUCGAGAGCCUAGUCCACUGGAAGGAGGUCAUCAGAAACCGUCUGGUCCACUGCACCGUGCGCAUUCUCCAGUUCUCCUACAUUGGAGUGAUCAGUGCCGCCGCCUUCUCCAUCGUCGCCAAGCCCAUCGCCGCCAAGACCCUGGUGCCAGGCAUCAUCCUGAUCGUCCUCUACGGUAUUGGUUACCCAGUGGCCAUCUGGUUCAUCCUUCGCGUGCCAGAGAGCCGUCUGCACAACCCAUCGUUCAAGCAGCAGUUCGGUUCGCUGUACGUCAACUUCAAGCCAAAGACCGACCACCGCUUCGUCGUCUUCUCGUACAUCAAGCGUUUCAUCAUGGCCAUGAUCAUCGGUAUCCUGGCUUUCGACAUUGAGCCCGCAUACCCCCUGGCUGGCACCGACCGCGCAGUGCCAAUCGCCCAGUGCGCCAUCAUCUCGCUCGUGCUGCUGUUGUACGCCGUGUUGCUGUUCAUCCGCAAGCCAUACUUUGACCACUACCACCUCUGGCUCGAGUACGCCCUGGCCGUGAUCAACAUCGUGUCGAUCUGUGUCUGUCUGACCCACUUGAAGGAGCCAUCGCAGGCUGGUGAGCUUGUCUUCUGUAUCCUCCAAGCACUCGGCAUGGUUGUCUGUAUCGCCACAUUCGUCAUCUCCUGGUUGCAGAUGCGUUCCAAGUUCCUCACCAAGAUCACCUCAUGCUUCUCAUGCUGUGGUGGUGGUAGCUCCAAGACUGUCGACCAUGAGAUGACUGGUCACCGCAAGUAA